ACGCAGGUAAAUGUGCAUGGAGUGUCAAGUAAGAUCGGAAAGAGGGUCUAAAUCUGACUUAUACAAUUUCGAUAUUUUUAUUUCUUUAUUAUAGUAGAGGGUUUUUACGGCGCUCGCAACUGCAUAAAGUCAUAUGAGUAUGAGCGCCAUUCAGUAUUUUUGAUAUUUGGAAAACUUUCUUUCAGAAUUUACUUCCUGGAGUCGUGUUGCGCAGAAAAGAAAACCCCUUUGGAAUCUAAAAUAUAAGACUGAAGGACGACCAAUCAGUCAGGCUAUUUCCAAUCAAGGACUGAUUUUAAUUGGAACUGCCUCGUCUCCUUCAUGACUUAAAAGUGUUGAAAGAACUUACUGUUUAACACAUUCAGUUCAAUCGAAGGACAAGACAAAUUCAAACUCUUCUCUACCGCGAACCUCAGAUUUCAUCGUGCGCUGAGGAUAUCAAUCAUUUCCGCCACGGCUACAGGCUCUUUGCAGCGUCAUGGCUGAGAGAAUGAAAAACUGUUCGUAUGUGUGUUUAUUAUUCAACGUUUUCGUGUGUGCACAUUUCACACUUUUGGCAUUGGCAUCGACCGAAGCCGUGCACAGCUUCAAGUUUGAUAAACUGUCUGCAUCUUCCCGCCUUGGUGUUAUCCCAGCGGGGAGUUAUACCUUAAAGUCGCUUCUUACCUGCUUCACCGUCUGUCUCGUACAACACAGCAGUGCUUACGUCAUGUACAACCCCGGUUCGAACUCCUGCACAUGCGCCACGAUGUUGAGUGACACGCUACCUCAACCACCAGCUUCUGACCAGCUGUACGGGCUCGUGUUGUCUCCAUGGUGUGACAUGAGCAAUGGGUUUAUGGCCCACCUGUACAAUGAGACUGCGGUUUGUCUGAAGGUAGCGCAGGACAGCAAGACAUUUGACGAAGCUGAGGCCUCGUGUUCAGAACUUGCUAACGGGCAAGGUCGGCUCUUUAUGGCGGACUCCAUAGACAAAUUGGAAAUUCUGAGGAGGAUCUCCAUCGCCCAGAGCUUGAGUUACGUGUUUGUAGGCUUGGACGAUCGUGUCACUGAAGGCCAGUAUGUAUGGGCUGAUGGAAGAAUUGCGACUAUAGCAGAGUUACACCAGCUGUUUACACCGCCACAGCCAGACAAUUAUCUGGAUCAAGAGGACU